AUCAGCUGGUAGGAAAUGGCCUGUGAGUCAGAGGGGCAGCGGAGUCGGCGGCGCGGAGCCGGGGCGGCCCCGGGGAGGGACCGUCGCAGGGAGGGGCGCGGCAGCGGCUGGGGGUCUGCGGGCGCCAGGGCCCGCUAGUGUUGCACACGAAGCUGAACAGCGAAGAGCCUAGCAGAGCAGGGCUCAGCCUGAGCCACCCUUUGUCUGGGUUGGGGGCCCGUGGAAGGGAGGACCGGGGAUCCAAGGGGAGGGACCGGGACGGGACGGAAGGGCCCGGAGCAGCGGCCACCUCAGCGGAGCCAAUUUGGGAGCGGGGGUCCUGCUGAGCUCAGGAGCUGCACGGAAUGGUGGCAGUCACCUUGCCAGUGCAGCAGGCAUGGAUCAGACUGCAAGCUAAGGGCACAAGGCAUCAGUUGGGAAGAGGGGAUGCACAGCUAGGCUUGAGGCCUCUUCAUCGGGAUGUCCCCAGCCCAGGCCCAGCAUAAAGGCCGUGUUGGGGGGCCCCCCUGACCCAAGGGGGGCUUCAUGCGCCACGUGCAGGCGGAGCUGUCUCCAUCCUCAGAGCCAGAGGCUGGCCCUUCACAGCCUCCAGUCAGGCAGGGGGCCCUCCAGGGUGGCCUGCUCAUGGGCUACAGCCCAGCAGGGGGGGCGACAUCCCCCGGGGUCUACCAGGUAUCCAUCUUUUCCCCUCCGGCUGGUACCUCUGAGCCUCAUAGGGCCCUGAAACGACAAGCCCCACCCACUGAGGGUCCCCGGGAGCUGAAGAGAGGCCCUGGGCUGGGGGCCAGAGAGGGACUACCCCCUGAAGAACCACCUCCUGUGGGGCUCUUGGGCCCAGAGGGACUGGGGCUGGGACUAGGUGUGGCCAGCCAGCAUUUCUCCCACCGUGGCCUCUGUGUUGUGGAACAGAGAAGUAGUGUCACCUCAUCUUGGACUUCAGGGGCCUGGAGUCUCCCCUGCCCCCCAUCAAAUGCUUCCUGCAAUACUUUGCACACCAGAGACUGGGCCUCCCCAGAUCCAGGGGGACAGGGGUCCCUGGGGGAGUCCCCAGGGCCAGCCCCUCCAGGCCAGCUGCACACACUUGACACUGAUUUGCACAGUCUUGCACAAAUAGGGGGUAAGAGCCCAGUGGCUGGGGUGGGCAAUGGGGGUAGCCUCUGGCCUAGGGAGUCCCCUGGCACUGCCAAUGGGCACAGUCCCGAGCACACACCCCCUGGCCCUGGACCUCCAGGCCCCUGCCCCACCAAGCGAAGGCUGCUUCCUGCUGGAGAAGCCCCAGAUGUCAGCUCUGAGGAAGAGGGGCCAGCCCCCCGGAGGCGCCGGGGAUCCCUGGGCCACCCUACUGCUGCCAACAGUUCUGAUGCCAAAGCCACAUCCUUCUGGAGCCACCUGCUGCCUGGGCCCAAAGAGCCUGUUUUGGACCCAACAGACUGCAGUCCCACGGGGCAGAGGCUGAAAGGAGCCCGUCGCCUGAAGCUGAGCCCCCUUCGAAGCCUCCGGAAGGGGCCAGGCCUGCUGAGCCCCCCCAGUGCCUCCCCUGUUCCUACCCCUGCUGUCAGCCGUACCCUGCUGGGCAACUUUGAGGAAUCAUUGCUGCGAGGACGUUUUGCACCAUCUGGCCACAUUGAGGGCUUCACAGCAGAAAUUGGAGCUAGUGGGUCAUACUGCCCCCAGCAUGUCACGCUGCCUGUCACUGUCACAUUCUUUGAUGUUUCUGAGCAAAAUGCCCCGGCUCCCUUCCUGGGCAUCGUGGAUCUGAACCCCCUGGGGAGGAAGGGUUACAGCGUGCCCAAGGUGGGCACCGUCCAAGUGACCUUAUUUAACCCCAACCAGACUGUGGUAAAGAUGUUCCUCGUGACCUUUGACUUCUCGGACAUGCCUGCUGCCCACAUGACCUUCCUGCGCCAUCGCCUCUUUUUGGUGCCUGUGGGUGAGGAGGGAAAUGCUAACCCCACCCACCGCCUCCUCUGCUACUUGCUGCACCUCAGGUUCCGGAGCUCCCGCUCAGGCCGCUUAAGCCUGCAUGGAGAUAUCCGCCUGCUUUUUUCCCGCCGGAGCCUGGAGCUGGACACAGGGCUCCCUUACGAACUGCAGGCUGUGACCGAGGCCCCUCAUAAUCCACGUUAUUCACCUUUGCCCUGAUUGCCAGCACUCUGAAUCCAUGCGGCCUAACGACCUGCCCGUCCUGCUCCAUCUUAGAGAACAUAUAUGGAGAGACAGCAAGAGACCCUUCAGGCUUGAAUUAAAGCCCUCACCAUGCUCUUGCCCAAAUGGAUUAUUUGGGUGUUUAAAGCUUCUGAUCCUUACUACACCCUGCCCUACUCGGGUACUCGAUGUGCCUGUCCCCUCCCUUGGGUUUCCCAGGCCAGCUUAGGUAGGGAGGAACUGGAGCUACCCUGAGGUUGUCCCAAGUUCCCAGGCAAGUUAUGCCAGCGUUGCCUCCUAGUCCUGGGCAGGGGCCACUUAUUAUUUUAUUUAUUUUUAAUUUAUAAUUUAUUCAAAUUGGAUUGCCUUGGUAACCUCCCACACCUGAUAAUUGGCAUCACUCCCCCCCUUCCCACUCUCAGAUAUUGCUCCAACCUCAAGAGUUGAAGAGGCUUAUGCCAGGGGCAGGAGGAGAACUGCUCUCUCUCAGCUGAGGGAAGAGGGGCUAUUCCAGAGGGACUGAGUCAGUAGCCAAAGACUCAGCUUUCCCUGUCCUUCCCCUAGUCCCUUCACUUCCCCUACCCUCUGACCUAUCUCUGAAAGCCAAGUUAUGUGUUUGUGUGUGUACACAAGCUUGUCUUUGUGUGGUGUGUGUGUGUGUGAGAGAGUGUACAUGUAUGCACACACACAGGGGUUAACCACCCCUCACCUAGGGCUCCAGACUCCAGUUGUCCCUCUCCUCCUGCCUGUGUCUCCUUGCUUUGGGGUCCUGACUGAAGAAGGUGUCCAGGGGGCAGAGUCAGGGCCAAGCACUGGGGUGCCUCCACUCACCUGGCCAGACUCUGACCCACCUACCUCAGCUGGGGUAAGGGGCACCCCUCAAACUCAGUCAUGUGGUUCCAAACUACCCCAUUCCCCACUCCAGACUCUGACCCAGCCUCAGUCCUGACUCCUGAGGCUGGGCUGAGGGGAACAAGCAUUUGCUGAAACUUGAAAAAACAAAGCAAAUCAGAAACAGGAAAAAAUUGUACCUGGUAAUUUUUUUUAGAAAAAAAAAAGAUUAAAAAAGAAAGAAUAAAUUCUUGUUUGGAAACUUGAA